AUUUUGUUGUUGUUGUCACAUUUUCUUCUGUCAGAUAAUCAAGAGAGUCAUCUCAGAAACCUCCAGUGGGGGUGUCACUGGAAAUGAUGUCAUCAUGCAUUUCUUCCUCUCAACCUUACCCUUUGGUGGUGUUGGGAACAGCGGGAUGGGCGCCUACCACGGCAAGCACAGCUUUGAGACCUUCUCCCACCACCGCGCCUGCUUGAUCAAGGACCUGAAGAUGGAGAGCACAAACAAACUGCGGUACCCACCUGGCAGCCAGAAGAAGCUGGAUUGGGCCAAGUUCUUCGUUUUGAAGCGAUUUAACAAGGGCCACUUGGGACUGAUCUUGUUGGCCCUGCUGGGGGUUGUGUCAGCGGUGGUGAUAAAGAAUCACCAGUCUGUGCUGAAGAGAAAAGCUCUCUUGAUUGUGCUGGCUGCUCAGAGGCUGGGCUGGCUCAGUGGGUGUUAAGGAGAAGCAGGUUUCAGAGCUCUGCUGUUGCUGUUACAGUGAGAUGGCUUACUACUGAAGAGAGGAGAAGGCACCAUAACCCAUGUGCAAGAUAUUCUGCAAGAUAUUCUAAGUGCUCACCUUGUCUUUUUUUUUUUUUUUUUUUUUUUUUCCUUUUGAGCUGGGUUAUUUCAGUGAGCUUUUGAGCACAAAGAGUAGCCUUGGGAAGGCACUAAACAGGGAGGAGCCUCAGACUCCUGUUUACUAAAAGGCCGUAAGGAAAGAAAGGGACCUUUGGGUACAAGCUCUCAAAAGGAGAACAGAAGAGCAAGAAAUACCAGUACCUACCACCACCCCGUGCCGUGCAGAGCACUGCUUCCAGGAACACACACCCUGUGUCUUACACCAAGCUGCUUUGCUUCAUUCAGUGACAAACAGGAGCUCACGUUUCAGCUGUAGCUGGGCUGACAUUGUUUUCCCUCCGUUUUGGGAAUGGUUGCUCUUCUGUCGUGCUCCAAACAGCCACCCUCUUGGUGAUGAGUCUGAGAGAGGCUGUGCUCCUGCUGUGCUAAUGAUUUGUGCCAAUAGUGAAGGUUAUGAAUAAACCAAGCUUGCCUUCUAAUUGAGGUGAAAUAUUCCUGGAUCCCUAUCAGUGAGAAUCAUCCAUAGCUGGCCAGGUGAUGUAGGCUGCCAGCCUUUUUGGGGCUCUGGUAUUCAUUACGUGCCUGUUAACAAUUAUUUGACGAUUAAAAGAUAACAAAGAAGAUAUAUGCACUGCUUGUAUUUUACUAAUAAGAAUAUCUUAUGCUUGUACAAAAAAAAAAAAGAAAAAAAGAAAAAAAACACCUUUGUGGCCUGUAGAGAGAAGUGGUAAUCAUGAAAAACCUGUUCCGGGUCAGAGUCCUUGAAGGGGAGAACAAUUACAGAAAGUGUGUGUACUCCUUUGUGUUUGAGCUUCUGGGUCUGCUGUAAUCUUGCACUGGGUUAUAACAGGGGACCUGUUCUAGCUUGGGGAGACAAUACUGGAGAAAUUUAAGAUGAAAGGACCUAGUAUAUGUUGUCUAAAUAAAAUUUAAAAUGAUGAGAGGAAGACUGUGUAAUUCUUAGAAAAUAGUAUUCGCUGUGCAGGAGGUGGGAUUUCUUCAUGUCUAGUGAAAAUCCAUACGAUAACUAUUUUUAAUGAUAUAUUUUGCAAGUACAAAAUAAACGCUAUGAAUUUAAAUAA